GGCGCUGAUGUCUGAGAUCCCAGGGCAGGUGUCCUGCGGAGGCAUCCCUCCCCUGACAGAGCUCUGAUGCUGCUCCUUCCCCUGAUCCUGUUCCUCUCCAGGGAACUCUGCUGCCCUGGGGAAGUCAUGGCAGCUCCAGGAUCCCGUCAUCCAGCAGCAGAAGAGCCCCCCACCUUCCGCAUGCUCCAGAUCUCUUCCUUUGCCAACCACAGCUGGGCGCGCACCCUGGGCUUAGCCUGGCUGGGGGACCUGGAGACUCACUCCUGGGACUGGGUCGUGGGCACCAUCCGCUUCCUGCGGCCCUGGUCCCGGGGAACCUUCAGCAAGGAGGAGAUGAAGCACAUACAGGCGCUGUUCCAGUUUUACCUGCAUGCCUUUACCAGGGAACUACCAGCCUAUGUCUCUCAAUUUCAGUUAGAAUAUCCCUUUGAGGUCCAGAUAGCAGCCGGCUGUAAAAUUCAUGCUGGAAAGACCUCUGAAUUCUUCUUAAAUGGGGCAUAUCAAGGAUCAGAUUUCCUGAGUUUUCAAGGAACUUCGUGGGAGCCAUCUCCAGGAGCAGGGAGUCAGGCCCAGAAUGUCUGCAAGAUGCUCAAUCGCUACAGAGAUAUUAAAGAAAUAGUGCAGACCCUUCUUGGUUAUACCUGCCCUCGAUUUCUGGCAGGCCUCCUUGCAGCAGGAAGGUCAGAACUGGAACGACAAGUGAAGCCCCAGGUCUGGCUGUCCAGUGGCCCCAGCCCUGGGCCUGGCCGUCUGCUGCUGGUCUGCCAUGUCUCAGGAUUCUACCCAAAGCCCGUGUGGGUGAUGUGGAUGCGGGGUGAGCAGGAGCAGCCAGGCACUCGGCAAGGUGACCUCCUGCCCAAUGCUGAUGGGACGUGGUAUCUCCAAGUGACCCUGGAUGUGGCGGCUGGGGAGGUGGCUGGCCUGUAUUGCCAAGUGAAGCACAGCAGUCUUGGAGGCCAUGAUAUAAUCAUCCACUGGGGCAGAUACUCCAUCCUUCUGAUACUGAUCUGUUUGAGUGUAAUAGUUACUCUGGUCAUGUUGGUUGUAGUUAACUCAUGGUUUGAAAAACAAUGUUCAAUUUGGAACCAUGUCUCUCCCCAUGUUCCAAGCACUGUCUUUCCCAUGGGAGCCAACACUCAGGACACUAGGAGUUCAGGGCACCCGCUCUGCUUGGCACAAGAAUCACGGAUAAAAAAAAAAUUCUUGGAGAAGUGGAAAAAAAGCCUAAAGCAAUUCUGGUGACAUUAGUUUCACCUUAUAUGUGAAAGGUACACCUUGUCUGUAUCUUAAACAUGAUUUUAUUAAAACAGUUUGUUAAAAAAAAAAAUAGUUUGUUCUAGCAAAGAUACUGAUCCUUUUAGGAAUCUGUUUUUUUUUUUUUUUUAUCUUCCAGCAGUAUCUUUUCUGCUUUGGCUACGUACACAUUCUGCACUAUCAAUUCUUCAAACUGUAAUUCAGAUGCCUCUUCCUCACGGA